AUGGCACUGGACUUGAAGAGCAAUUCCGAAGUGAUCGUCGGUAUGCGAAAUUCAGUCAUAGGGCUAACUGAUCAGCGGUGCUUGAGUUCAUAUAAGCGGUUGUUGGUACAUUCUCAUGGUGUGAAAAAACUGAAAAUGGUGGGUGAUUCAAAGGUGUUGGUUGCUGGGUUUGAUAAUACACUCGAUAUGUACGACUUACGAUACUGUCGGCAAACUUUCCAACCACACUCUAAGCCAAAUAAGUGGAAUCGCCAACCUUCUAUACCCUAUCUUAGGUUCGGCGAGAUCAAUUAUAACACACUCAACAACUUUGAUGUUGCUUCUGAAAUAGGGCUUGUGGCUUGUGCAACGGAUUUGCCGAUGGUACAGCUCUAUUCUUUACAUACCGGGAAACUGCUUGAAUCUUCGGCUAGACAGACAGGGAACCCCCGAUGUUCGUCAGACAUCCUAUCUCGAGAUUAUUCGAACCCUGUUGACUGCGUGCGCUUCGAAACAGUAGUAGAACCGUACGAGUAUGGAAGAUUGGCAAAGACAAGUGAUAGUCGCAAUACUACUAGUGAUACCAGCCUGUUGGUUGGCUCUGGUGAGAUUAUUGAAGAGUGGAGUAUGUAG